AAUUAUCAAGAACGGCAUAAAGUGCAUUAAGGACUUCGUUGCAAAAUGCGGAAGUGACAUGAUUGCGGAAAACUACCAGGAUCAGUUCGAGAAACCUGCUGAGUUGCUGACAAAAAUAUGUGAUUAUCAGUCAACGUUACGAAAAGAAUAUUUGAAAAUUUCGCCGUGCUUAUUGGAAAAUAAUGACGACUUUGAAAUAUGUUCAGUAAAAGUUCAGGAAUUUUUGGGAUACCAUGAAGCCAAUACAGUUGAAAAGGAACUCACCAUGACAUGCAUGUACGAACUAAUGUUAAGGGCUUGUCUGAUGAGUACGGGAGCUGAGAAGUGUGGAAUGGAAGCGGCUAGCUUGAUCCGCCACGUGUUGCUAUAUUCACCGUCCUUGGGCAUGGAGACGUGCUCAAGAACUACGGCUUAGCAAGGGACGUAUUGAUAUUAUUAAUUCAGUCCGUAUGAUGUUCGUCAACGUCUAUGGUAAACGAAGGCUACAGAUAUUUGAUUUCUGUAAAAUGGUGUAAUAUGAGAAACAAAACAAUUGUACCAAGUUCACAAUAAAUUAAAGUAUAAAAAACUUUGUACUAGUUUUGUUCCGGUAGUAAUCAAU